GGGUGUCAUUUCCGUGAAUGCUGCACCAUCAUGCUGUUCACACUCCUUGCUGGCUUAGGGCUUUUGUCCUUCUCUUCAAGCCAAAUAUCUCCGCAUUAUCACUUCAUAAAUAUCAGAAAGAACUGGACUGAGGCUCAGAGAUUCUGCCGUGAGAUGUACACUGACCUGGCACCUGUGAAAAAUGCAAAAGAGUUGAAUGUCUUGCUCAAAACCAUACCUGAUGGUUCAUAUGAUGUGUAUAUUGGACUUUAUAGAAGUGAUAAAUUCAAAUGGCACUGGACCCUGUCAGACAGUUUCUACAAUAAAGAGAUAUUCAAAAACCGAAAGAAUAUAACUAAUAAUGGGGGCUGUGCUGCAAUGGACAACAAUCGGAAAUGGUUUAAUGAUGACUGUGACUCCCCCAAAAAAUUUGUAUGCUUUAAUGCCAGUAAAAAGUAUGUACUGAUUGAGGAGAACAAAUCCUGGAGGGAGGCCCAAGAAUAUUGCAGAACCUUCCACACAGAUUUAGCCAAUGGCAGAACCUGCACAAACAAUACUGUUGGUGACGUAUGGAUUGGACUAUUUAAGGACUUCUGGUCGUGGUCAGAUCAGAGCAACAUUUCAUUUCGUUUCUGGAAUUUCAGCCUGAUGAAACCCACUGACAGACUCCACAACUGUACUGUAGUGAUGGUGAACCAAACAGGGAGAUGGAAUGAUGUUCAGUGUAACACCACUCUGCCCUUCAUCUGCCAUGGAGAUCUUAAACCAACCACUAAACCAGCACCAACAACCAGACAGAAUCCAAGUUCAUCUCUCAAAUCUGUUCCUGAAUCAACAACAACUCAGUACAAACUACUUCAAAAUACAACCAAGGUGGAAAAUACAAGCAGUCAGACAACACAAAUACUCACUACAGGUGCAGAGCAAGAUAACCUGAUUCUGGUGCGUGAGAAACUGACGUGGACCGAAGCUGCGAGUUACUGCAGAAAGCACCACGUGGACCUGGUCUCCAUUCACAGUGAGGAGCUUCAGAACAGGGCAGCAAGAAAAGCCACUCAGGCUUCCACUUCUCAUGUAUGGCUGGGUCUCCGUUACACCUGCACCUUCCACUUCUGGUUCUGGAUAAAGAACAGAGAAGCGGGCUGCUACCAGAACUGGGCGCCUGGUCAUGGGCCACAUGGUUAUGAGGAGUGUGAGCUGUCAGGAGCUAUGGAGUCCACUGGAGGGCACCGUUGGGUCGGGAGGCCAGAGAGUGAAAGACUUAAUUUUAUCUGUCAGUUAUGUACUGAUGUGUUCUAA